GAUGCAUUGCCAGUAUCAUGAACGAAACGCAAAUAAUCGGAAACAAGGGUCAAGAGUCUACUAAAGAAGUUCGGUAUCGUGUAUUUACCUCUUUUCAAAAUCGCUGAGACUUUUUCCACAGCGUGACUUAUCGACUUUUCGAUUACUUCCCCAUUUUUCGGAUUUGCAGCUUUCUUUUUAUGCAAUCGAUCGUGCCUUAAUGACGUCGGAGUCCAGCCUGAAGAUUGAGUUAAUAGCCCCAGGACAGAUUCGCCUAUGUCGCCUCGUCCGUAGGAGGUUAGGCCUAUCGAGUACGAUCCAUCGGCAUUUUCUACACUGAUUAUUUGCGCAGAUACGCAGUAUUCAGUUCAGCUGCUCCGGAACUCCCAAGGUUCAACAACAGCUAUGGAUGGCAAGUGGCUCUUCACAUGCCCGCCGCCGAAUCGAAGGAAGUAAUGGUGGUUUGGUACGAUGGUGAAUCUAACAACACCCGUAUUGACUUCAUUGGCGGAAGGGUAAAGCUUUUCCUUUUGGGAGAAAAAGGAAACGGUGUAAGCUACAAAAUAACUCCGGUCACCACCGAAGAAGUACUGAAUAAAAACAUGUGCUUCCAAGUCAACGGUACCGCCGAGGACCCGAUUACUGCCCAGGAUAUUAUGCCUAGUAUGGAAGGAUUUGAAUAUGCAGGAAUGGGAGCCAUCAACCAACACGACGGUGAGAAAUGGAGACGUGAAGUCAGAGUACAAGAAAGAGUAAUGGUCUACACAAUGUGGGUCAAGAGGGAUGAAAACAACAACACCAUUCCAAUUGAAUACGAAAUGGUAGGCAUCAACACAGUAACCAACAGUCACUACGAUCACUACUACAUUCACUACGACAAGUUCUUGGGCAACGAAAUUCCCGAAGGCACUUUCAACGUAUCCCAAUUCGGUUUGAAAUGCGGUCCUUUCACCGGACCAGGUAACCAAAUCGUGCACAACUUCAACCCAUUGGCCGAAUUCGUGGCGCCGGUGAGAACCGACCACGUCGAUUCCAGAUUCGAAGAGUUCGUUCAGACCCACGGAAAGCGCUACGAGAGCACUCACGAGCACAGCCUUCGCAAGGACGCGUUCAGACACAACCUCAGGUUCAUCGAAGCUCACAACAGGAAAGGCGAGGGUUACACAUUGGGCGUCAACCAUCUGGCCGAUUUGACCAACGAUGAAUUAAGAGUGAAAGCGCCGAGGGGACGAUUGGCCAGCAAGGGAUACAACGGCGGUUUGCCUUUCCCUUACGACACCGAGAAUGUGACUGUUCCGAGUCAUAUCGAUUGGAGACUGCUCGGAGCCGUUACUCCUAUUAAAGAUCAAAUGGUGUGCGGAUCAUGCUGGGCGUUCGGAACCAACGGUGCUAUGGAAGGAGCUAUCUUUAUAAAAACUGGAAAACUUAUCAGCCUUUCCGAACAAGCUUUGGUCGAUUGCUCUUGGGGAUACGGUAACAUUGGUUGCGAAGGGGGUGAAGAUUUCAGAGCCUAUCAAUGGAUCAAAAAACACGGAGGUGUUCCUGCCAAUGCAGAAUACACUCACUACAGUGGAGAGAAUGGCUACUGUAUUGCCGAGAACGUCACUAAAAUUGGCCCCAUCACCGGAUGGGUUAAUGUUACUUCCAACAACGAGGCCGCUUUAAAAUUGGCCUUGCUCAAACAUGGUCCCAUUAGCGUAGCUAUUGAUGCUAGUCUAAAAACAUUCAUGUUCUACUCAAGUGGAGUGUACCACGACAAAAAUUGCCGAAACAGGGACGAGGAUUUGGACCACGCUGUCUUGGCAGUUGGAUACGGUACUCUCAAUGGACAAGACUACUGGUUGGUAAAGAACAGUUGGUCUCCGUACUGGGGAAGCGAAGGAUUUGUACUCAUUGCUAGGAAAAACAACAUUUGCGGUGUCACUACAGCAGCCACUUACCCAGUAUUAGCUUAA